AUGCGGGAGCAGCAGCAACGUACCAAAGUGCAAAAGGACAUGUCUAGGGGGGUUCCGCGAUGUUUUGCUGUGGGGGACGCUGUGUGGGUGAAGACUGUGCGAGGUGAAACAGUGUCGUGGGAAGAUGGUGUCGUGACACAGGUUAUCAGUCCCGUAACCUAUCUGGUGAAAGUGUCGCAGGCGGUGCGAUUUACGCAUUCGGACCACAUCAGAGCCCGCCACGGAAGCCAGGAUUCUUCAAGUUAUCCGCAGGCACAACCUGCUCCAACGGCAUCCGUAGACACGACUCCACCGACGGUUCCGAUGGCGUGUGGGCCAGUCGCCGGGUCGCCUCUCGCAAAUCCACACGCAACCGACUCUGCGACGUCUCUCCUUCCGGCAACUGCAUCGCCCACGGCCGGAGCAGCUGCCUCCGGCUCGCCGGACCAGCCCAGUGCCGACGACGCGCCACCUGCAGCCGAACUUCCAACUCUGCGUCGUAGUGCACGUGUACGACAUGCCCCGAACAGAUACCAGUCCAGUGACUUUCGGAAGUAA